AUGCAACGGAAGCGAUGGAAUGUACGCCAAUACAUCGGAAGAACGGGAUUUGUGCGUCUUGUGGAUUAUGGCUCAGGUGGCUGGGGACAUAUCAAUUUUGAUGACCUACGAGGCAAUAUCAAAUGCGAGAAACCCUGCAAGAACCCUCUUGGAAUGCAGAAUCGCAGGAUUCCUAACUAUGCCAUCACGGCCUCUUCUUCAUGGGACAAAAAUCACGGUCCCUAUCUGGGACGCCUGCAUUUCACCGCCCGUGGAAGGUACCAAGGAGCUUGGAGCUCACGGCAUAACAAUCGUAAUCAGUAUUUUCAAGUGAACUUUCGUCGACCGACAAAGAUUACAGCCGUCGCUACUCAAGGAAGACAAAAUGCAAAUCAAUGGGUAACACAGUACCGACUCUCAUACAGUCAAGAUGGGUUGUCAUGGGUUUUUUAUAAGCUGAGAGAUGGUAUUAAGUAUUUCUCAGCUAACAAAGACAGAAACACUGUGGUGACCAAUACACUCAGUACACCAAUCAGAGCACGAUUCAUCAGGAUUAUCCCUUGGGGAUGGCGCAGCCAUAUCUCCAUGAGGACAGAGUUUUAUGGAUGUUAUGUUGACCAAUGCCGCAUGCCUCUUGGUGCAGAAGACGGCCGCUUGGUCCCAGGUUCUUUCUCGGCCUCUACUUACUAUAAUCAUUAUCUGGCACCAUGGCACGGUCGCUUAAAUCACCGCUGGUCAUGGAGCGCACGUUACCGCCGGCACGGCCAAUGGAUGCAGAUUUCUUUUGGAGGAAGUGCAACAGUGAAGGGAAUCGCGUCACAAGGCAGACAGGACGCUAACCAAUGGGUAACGCAGUACACACUUGGUCGCAGUACAGAUGGCAUGAAAUUUUAUCCAUACCACGAGGGACGAGGAACAAUGAUGUUUAGGGGAAACAUGAAUCGCUUUGGAAUCGUUUUUCACCUCAUCAACAGACCGUUUGUGGCGAGUCACGUUCGUUUUUAUCCUCGUGGAUGUCUGGAUAACGUGCAUUGGAAUGUGUACAGAUACAAGAAUAAUGAUAAGUACUUUCCUGGAAGCCGCGAUAAAGAUUCAGUGGUGACGCAGCCAAUAAACCCAGCAAUCAUUGCAAGAUUUGUGAAAAUACAACCACGUGGCUGGCGGAGUCAUAUUUGUAUGAGAGUCGAAUUUUACGGCUGUCCAGCAGAUCGUUGCUUCGUACCUCUCGGAAUGCAAGAUGGCCGCAUUACAAAAUCCCGCCUUCGCGCAUCUUCCAUGUACAACUGGUACUAUGGACCAUACAAUGCUAGGCUACAGGCGCGAAACUAUGGCUCCACACGAGGAGGUUGGAUCGCCAAGAUAAGAAACACUCAGCAAUGGAUUCAGGUUGAUUUGGAAAAACCCUCUACACUAAAAGGCGUCGCUACCCAGGGUCGCUAUGACGCAUAUCAAUAUGUAAAGUCGUACCUCAUCACUUACAGUGGAAAUGGAAGGCGCUUUUAUCCGUACAAAGAAGGGAGCCGGACAAGGAUGUUUAGUGGCAAUAGUGACAGAUACCACGUGGUCCUACAUCGCUUUGUAAAACCAUUCAGGGCACGGUAUGUACGACUGCAUCCGAAAUCCUGGUUCCGGUACAUAUCUUUGAGAAUGGAACUGUACGGCUGUAGACACGGUCCUCUGUGUAACCGACCGAUGGGAAUGCAGAGUGGUCGUAUUCACAACAGCAAAAUCACUGCUUCGUCUAAUUGGGACCCAUUCCAUGCCGCGUUUCGCGCCAGAUUGCAUCAUGGUAAAGCUGGACGCUUCAUUGGAGCAUGGAGUGCGAAAACUAACAAUCGUUAUCAAUUUCUGCAGGUGGAUUUUUCAAGAGCUGCUCUCAUCGUCAGAGUCGCAACUCAGGGGCGACAGGACUACAGACAGUGGGUCACACAAUAUUAUUUGAGAUACUCUUUAGACGGAAUUCACUUCGUUGACUACAAGCAACGUCACACUAGAAAGUAUUUCCCAGGAAAUCGCGAUCAGAACACGGUUGUAUCACACGCGCUGGUACCCAAUAUAAGAACGAGGAUUAUCCGUAUUGUGCCCUGGCAUUGGUAUGGGCACAUCUCCAUGCGAGCAGAGUUUUAUGGAUGCCUUACAGAUCAUUGUAAGAUGCCUCUUGGUGUGGAAGACUAUCGUAUCCCUUCUGGCUCACUUCAAGCAUCAUCUUCCUGGAACUACAACCAUGGUCCAGACCGCGCGCGAAUCAACUUUCCUUCGGGACAUAGUCGGUCAGGGGCCUGGGUUGCGAGAGGCAGAAACACAAAUCAGUGGCUACAGGUGGAACUGGAUCGACCGGCCAAAGUUACAGGCGUGGCUACUCAGGGUCGGCAUGAUGGCCACCAAUGGGUUACCAGUUACAUUGUGUCUUACAGUUUAGAUGGAAAGUCGUUUAAGGCGUAUCUUGAAUUUGGUAGAACCAAGGUAUUCAGCGGAAACUUCGAUCGCUACACGAUCGUGAUACACGAACUUGCUCCUCCGAUCAGAGCCAAAUUUGUCCGAUUUUAUCCGAAGUCGUUCCGAGGCGGCAUCGCCAUGAGGGUAGAGGUUUUUGGCUGCUAUUAUGGGGGAGCUCGUUUCUGUACCAAUCCAGUCGGAAUGCAAAAUGGGAAGAUCAAAAAUGGCCAAAUCACCGCCUCCUCAAUGUACAAUCAGUUCCACGCACCGUGGCUUGCCAGGCUCCACCGCGCCAAACAUGGCCGCUACAUUGGCUCUUGGUCAUCAAGACACAACAAUCACAAUCAGUGGCUACAAGUUGACCUGGGAAAGACCAUGAAAGUGACUGGUAUCAAUACUCAGGGACGACAGGACGCCCAUCAGUGGGUGACUGCUUAUUAUGUGUUCUACAGCUUGGAUGGAAUGUACUUUGCUAAAGUGAAGCACUGGUGGAAUUAUGUGAAGCAAUUCCCAGGCAACUACGACAGAUAUUCUCUACGUACGCACGCUUUCAGGCCAGCUAUUUACACCCGCUUCGUUCGUAUCCAACCACGAGGCUGGAGAUCACAUAUUUCCAUGAGGAUGGAGCUGUACGGAUGUCCGUGGAGUCAUUGUGAUAUGCCACUCGGUCUCGAAGACGGCCGUGUGCCAGACCAAGUCAUGACUGCUUCUUCGUACAACAAUAUUUACGAUGCGCCAUGGAACGCCCGUCUCAACAGGCGGCGUUACAGUCGUUUUGGCGGAGGAUGGUCACCGCGUAGAAAUGACGGACAUAGGUUUCUGCAGGUUGACUUCCAGGCUUUGGCGAAAGUGACACGUGUCGCUACCCAGGGAAUGCAAAAUGCCAAUUACUGGGUGAAGAAAUAUUACAUUAAAUACUCAAGAACUAGAACUGGAUUUGCUACAUAUCGCGAAGGUAGAACCACAAAGAUUUUCCGUGGAAACAAUGAUAGAUACAUCACCGUGGAAAAUAGGUUUGCCCGGGUUCUCCAUGGAAAAUACUUCAGAGUUUACCCUGUUUCUUGGUACUCUUGGAUUGGCUUGAGGGUCGAGUUCUAUGGAUGUGUGUACGAGUGGAAAAGAAUAUGUGAAUAUGUGAAUGCUGUAGAUUUUGAUAUCUUAUCCCAAAUUUAA